UAACUCAAUUCAUUUGCAGAGUGAUGACAAAGUUUUACCAGCACAUCCUUGCUUUGGUCUUUGCUGUUGAUGAGAUCAACGAGAAUCCCAGGAUGUUGCCCAAUGUCUCUCUGGGAUUCCACAUCUAUGAUAUUUAUUAUGAUUCAAAGAUGAGCUACCGAACCACCCUGGACCUGAUCUUUAAAUCACGUCACUUUAUUCCCAACUACAGGUGUGGCGUCCAGAAAAAUGUCAUAGGAGUCAUUGGGGGACUUAGUUCUGAUACCUCCUGGUGCAUGGCAAACGUCUUAGGUCUUUUCAAGAUUCCACAGGUAGAAUAUGGAUUUUGAACAGAAAAGAAAAAACUAUUCAUGCCAUAUUCACUGAAAUAAAAACCCCACGCAUACACUAAGUAAAAGAAUAUAAGGUUGACCACCCCAAACCCACACUCCUCUCCCCGCCUAUUUUCUUCCUAGUCCUAUACUGCAUAUAAAACAAAUGUAACUGAUCUAUAGAAAACACAACAUGAAGAAAGAGACUGUGCUUUUUUAAAUGAGGAAAAUCUUUAAUAAAAAAAUAUUUUAAAAAAGACAAAUGCAUAAAUAAUUCACAAGACGUUAACUAAUAAAGUUCCUCCCAUUAAAAAUCAAAAUAUUCCAUUCCUAGGGAACUAGGAUGUUAUUCAGCAUUAUUAAUUUUCAGAAGCUAAUUGAAAACACUGUUUAUUGUUAUUGUUCCAGCAUUUGGAACAAUAUAAUUAUAUAGUGGUGUCAGUAUUGGGCUGUUCUCCUGCAUUGUUGGAUUUCAUUCUUUGUUGUUUUAACCUUGGCUGAAAGUGUUUGGUAUGGCAUUUCUGUAUUUUACUGAUAUUUUAUAUGAUGUGGUUGAUUCUGCUCAGAGAAGAAUAACAUAUACAAUCGAAUGGAGAUCUUCAGGAUUCCCCAAGAUAUCUUCCCGAGAGACUUAUAAGUAGAUAGAGAAUCAACCUCUCUCUACAAUCGCUAUAAAGGUUAGAGAGCAAAAAAGCAUGAUCAACAAUUUCUAUUGCUCCACCUCCACCUUUUUUUGUUGUUGAGUCAUCCACCUAGCAGUAUAUUAACAUGAGCCAUGAUAAAUGCUACCCUGUUCUUGGAGACUAUCAAUGUGUACAAGUAUGAAGAUCUGAUGAUGCCAUAAUAAUAAUAAUAAUAAUAAUAAUAAUAAUAAUAAUAAUUUAUGCAGAAAACAUUGAGCAAGAUUGUCUUUGUUAUCUAUGCAAAUUGAGGUUGGUGCUGUCCCCAAACUUUGUACAGUAGGGAUUCAGAGGUUUUCUAUUGAUAUUCAAAGAAAUGUGAUUAACAUGAGUAUUUUUUUGCCGUUGGAUAUGGUUGCCUUUUCGCUUCUCUAGAUUUCAUAUGGUUCAUUUGAACAAGGCAUAAAUGAUCAAACCAAGAUCCCUUCUUCCUACCGCAUGGUCCCCAAUGAAGACCUUCAGUAUCAGGGAAUAAUCCAGUUACUUCUGCAUUUUGGAUGGAAAUGGGUUGGGCUCAUGACUACAGCUGAUGAAGCUGGUGAACAUUUCUUACAGACAAUUGAACCCAUGUUUUUCAAGAAUAGAAUCUGUUCAGCAUUCACAGAAAGAGUUGAACUCAAUCUGCAUUAUAAUGGUAACUUACUAAAAAUGCUGUAUGACUCAAGGAUUUUAUUACCAACUUUCAAAACCAGCAAAGCCAGUGCAGUUCUUGUAUAUGGAGAAAGUAGAUUUAAUAUAUGGUUGUCAAGUGCUUUAAACAUAAUGGAGUUCACUCCGCUACUAUUUCCUCAAAAGAAGUCACGUGAAGGAAAAGUAUGGAUUACAACAGCCCAACUUGAUUUCAUAUUAUAUAGCCUUCAAAAAAAAUUAAAUGUUAACAUACAAGUGCUCCAUGGUGCUAUAUCCUUUGCAAUUCACUCCAAGGAAAUUCACAACUUUAAAGACUUUCUUCGGAGUAUACAUCCUCAUUUGACAGAGGCAGAUGGUUUCAUCCAAGAUUUCUGGGAAGAUGCAUUCAGUUGUUCACUUCCAAAUUCCACUCUCUCAACAUUCAACGAUCACAUGUGUACUGGAGAAGAAAUGCUGGAGAGCCUCCCCGCACCAUAUUUUGAAAUGAGCAUGACCGGGCAAAGCUACAGUAUCUAUAACGCUGUCUAUGCUUUGGCACAUGCCUUAAAUAGCAAGCAAUUGGCUGGAGCGAUCCACAAGCGUAGAGAUGCUAAGGGGAAACUCUCUCCUCAAUAUGUAGAACCUUGGCAGGUAACAUUCUCUCUUACAAAGCAUUCACUUCAUUGAUCCAUUAUGUGAGUAAGCAUUUAAUUAUCAGUAAAGAAAUAACAGAGAAGGACUUGAGAAAUUAGAAAGAGAAUUAGAAUAUUUCCUAUAAUGAUAGCAAACAGAUUUUAGAUGGCACAGACUUUCAUAAGCAACAAACUUACAGAUAGCUCACAUUUUACAGGGGGCAGUUGCACAUACAAGCAAAAUCAUUUAAAGCCAGACUAACCUCUAGAAAACCAUUUUUUUAAAAAAGAAAAAAACAUCUUAAGAAUUGCUGUACUUACUGGCGAGGGACAAAUGUGGCUCUUCAUCUUCCUUCUCCCCCUCCUCUCCCUCACUGAAUGAUGCUUCAGAUGCUACAAGGACCAAAGAGUUUGAGAGAUAGCCAGAAGAAUGCUUCGCCUGUUGCACAGGGCACAAUUGUAGAGCUUUGCAUUCAGUGAGACCACAGUCACACCCUUCUCCUUCUCAUACAUCUUGACAGCAGAAACUAAUGAAAGGUCCAGUCAGAUGUUCUCAUAUUCCAUUCCUAUGCUCAGGGAACAUGAUGUUUGAGAACAUGAACAUGAGAGCAUGAGCUCUUACUUGACUUCUCAAAUUCCUUCCCUUUCUUGGAUCUUGACAAUGGCAGGUCCCAAGCAAGCAGGUCUAUAUACUUAACUCUUUCACAUUUAUUUAUAGAAUUCUGUCAACUGUUGAAUUUACAAUGAUUCAUGUUUUCCUAGUCUUCCCAUAUGGGGAAUUGAAACAAGGAUGCUCUCCAUUGUAAACUGAAGUGUUUAACUCUUAGAGGAAAGGGAUUUAAUACCAUCUAGGAAAGCUCUUCAACAAUCAUAAUCAGACUAUUAGAAUGCUGUAUUGACCUUUUGAUUCUCUUUCCACCUAGCUCCACUCAUUCCUGCAGAGAAUCUCGUUCAACAACAGUGCUGGAGAUGAAAUUAAAUUCAAUGAAUAUGGAGAGUUGGCAGCUGGCUUGGAUAUUACAAACUUGGUCACAUUCCCAAAUAGAUCUUACAUCAGAGUCAAAGUGGGAAGGUGGGACCCUCAGGCCCCUUCCGGCAAAGAGUUCACCAUUAAUGAGAACAGAAUUAAAUGGCACAGAGACUUCACUGAGGUACAGAAAUAACUGCACAGGCCAUGAAAUUCCAUAAUUAAGACUCCAGUGAUGAGAUAGAAUCAAGGAGUAUCCCAGACUUAAGAAGCUCUUGCUGCAGAGGUCAAAUGUAGGAACCACCCAUCCAAAGCAUUUCUCUUCUAUAGGGAUUCAGCCCCCAUCCCAUCCAUCACUGUCUUCAGACACUUCUCCAGCACCUUCACCACCUCCUCUCUUUCCAAUGGAAUGGAAAGGUAGAACUUCACAUCAUCAGCAUCCAGAUGAUACCAUGAGCCAGAUUCUAGGAUAUUAUUCCUAACAGUUUCAUUGAUAUAAUAAAUAGCACAGGAAACAGAAUGGACCAUAAUGGGACACUACAACCCCAAAGCCAUGGGGUGGUUUCCUAGUACUAGUUUCUCAAAUGACCCUACAAGAAGUAACAGAAAUAAUUCACCCAAACCUUGUCUUCAUAUUAAACUCUUCCUAUAUCUUUGAAUAGGUGCCACCUCUUUCUAUAUGUAAUGACAACUGCCAUCCUGGAUACGGGAAGAAAAAGAAGGAAGGAAGGAAGUUUUGCUGUUAUGAUUGUGAUCCAUGUCCAGAAGGAAUGAUCUCAAAUGAGAAAGGUGGGAGAUGUCAUCUUAGGAUAUACCAAUUUAUUUUAAUAAGCUCUGAACUCUUUGGCAAACUUGUUGUCAUUAAACCAAUGGAGGAGGGAAGGCUUAACUUAAAUAGAUGUGGUGUUCUCAUUGUUUAUAGUUAGUAUCAAUUUAAUUCCAUCCUUAAAACAUAUUAAAAAUAUUUUAAAAUGGAAAGUCAUCUAUUUUACCUCCAACUUCUACAAAGUUAGGGUGGAAUAGAAGUGGUGGUCUCUCCUGAAAGACUUAGGUUGUUUGACAAAAGGUUGAAAGUCCCAUAAAUCUUGCCUUUCUGGGCUCCAAAGAUUUCUGCAGUAAUGUAUUUUUAAUUUUGCUAUGCACUACAAGUCGUUACAACAAAAAGAGAAGGGAACCAGUAAAAAAGAUGUCACCCAUGUAGAAAAUUCCAGAUUUCAUACAGAAGUUCUUAAACAUUUUGAGAUAGAAAACACUAUCCUAAAAUUUCAAUGAGGAAAUCCUUAAGAAUAGUAUUGGAUGCUUAAAAUUGUCAUGCAUUCUUUGUUUGUUUUCAGACAUGGAAACAUGUGUCAGUUGCCCAGCAGAUCAAUUUCCAAAGAGCAGCCAGGAUCUAUGCAUUCCUAAGAUUCCAAACUUCCUAGCCUUUGAUGAAACCUUGGCCAUUGUUUCAACAUCCUCUGCACUUUUAUUCUCUCUGAUCACAAUUCUGGUGCUUGGCAUCUUCAUUAAGCAUCGCAAUACAGCCAUAGUCAAAGCCAACAACCGAAGCCUCACCUAUGGUCUCCUUAUCUCCCUCCUCUUGUGUUUCCUCUCUUCUUUGUUGUUUAUUGGAAAACCUAAUAAGAUGACUUGCUUUCUCCGGCAAAAUGCUUUUGGCAUUGUCUUCUCAGUGGCCCUCUCCAGCAUCUUAGCCAAAACCAUAUUGGUGGUUUUGGCUUUCAUGGCUACCAAACCAGGAUCCAAUAUGAGGAAAUGGGUAGGCAAAGAACUGGCUUAUUCCAUUGUCUUUUCCUGCUCCAUUGUUCAAGUAGGGAUCUGUGUUCUCUGGCUGGCAACCUCUCCCCCAUUCCCAGAUGUGGACAUGCACUCAAUGACUGAAGAAAUCAUAUUUCUAUGUAAUGAAGGGUCAGUCUCCAUGUUCUAUUGUGUUUUGGGUUACAUGGGCUUCCUGGCCACUAUCAGCUUCACGGUGGCCUUCCUAGCCAGGAAGUUGCCUGACACUUUCAACGAAGCCAAGUUCAUCACCUUCAGCAUGCUGGUCUUCUGCAGUGUUUGGCUCUCCUUCAUUCCAACCUACCUGAGCACCAGAGGAAAAUACAUGGUGGCUGUGGAGAUCUUCUCCAUCUUUGCUUCUGGUGCUGGGUUACUGGCUUGUAUUUUUGCCCCUAAAUGCUACAUUAUUGUGGUGAGGCCAGACCUGAACAACAGAGAGCA